AUGCCCACUGACGAGCCAGCCGCCCAGGACCAGGCGACGAUCGAUUCCCAAAUUCAGCAGCUGCAACAGCAACAUGUUCCUCAGGAUGUUCAGCUCGCCCAGGCCCAGCAGCAGCAAAUUCCUCAACCACAGCAGCAGUCGGCAACACCCAGCGAGCCAACACGGAAACGCAAGUAUUUCCAGACAAAACUACUCCCGAGCACUUUUUGA